AUGCUCUCGCAUUCUUCCUCACGUGCUGCUUCGUCACCGGCCUCCGCUGUUUCGAACAUAGAAACUACUACCACUGAACCAGCGAAUAAGACGAAGCAAUUUAGUUCUUCUAAUGCUCCUACGUCGCUCAGUGGAGCUGCUGUAUUAGCUGGCGCUGUUCUCAAUAAUGCAGUAGCUACGAAAACAACAUCUAUUACCAACUCUAAUUCAUCGAACAGUCUCAAAAAAUGCCAGCGUAAUCAUUCCAAGCAAACGCAGCAAAGUGCCAAGAGCUUGCAUGCUCCUCAGCUUUCUGUUACUGACGCUGAGAACUUGCACCAACCUUCUGCCGAUGCUGGCAUCUCUGCCGACGUAGCCAUUGUGCAUGGGACUAAUGCUGAAAUGUUAUCACCGAAUUCGCUUACCGGUACCAUUCUCAAUCAAAUAGUGUGGAUAUCUCUCAUUCCAAUUUGCCAAACGUUGAUGCCUUUGUUGAUGCUGACUCUGCUGCGACCUCUGCUGUUGCUGGUGUGUUAG